GUGCUGUCUUCUUAUCAUUAACUGCACUUGACUUUAUUUCUUCACGCCAAUUUGAAUACUGAACAGUAAAAAUUGAAUGUUCCGCACAACAGCAGCCAAAUUCAGCGCAUUUGCAACAGCCGGAGGCCAGCGCGGCGGAAGCUACUUUUGCAGCAGCAUGCACAGGCGCAGCUUCUUCACGCACCGCAAGCUCACUCUGGGAGAUAACUCAUGGCGCACGCCCAUAGUCAUUGCAGCCGCCGCGAUCGCCGCAUCAACGCUGGGCUUUGUCGGAUACGGCAUGUUCUUCGGGCCUGCCAGCCAGUACCCAACUCCCGUCCGCAAGCUGCUGCGCGAGGCCGGGCUGGCAUACCUGCGCACGCCAAACAAGCAGGAUCUGCCAAAGGCCAUCGAUCGGUACACAGAGGCGCUAAGGCUGCUCGACCAGAUAGGGAGCAGCGACCCGAAACACGCUCCUGACGCCCCGCACGUCACAGGGCUGGUCGCGCGCCUAGCGUCGGUGUACACAGACAUGGGGGACAUUGACGGCACUAUUCGCACGUACACGGAUCUGCUGCAUCGGAUUCUGGGCGACGAUGGCAUGGAAGACCCGCGCACACAGGUGCGUCUACUGAUGGAUCCCGAGUUGGACGCCGGGAGGCGGCAGAACAUCCUGCGGGCGCUUGGCUGCGCCAACAAGCUGGCCGAGACGUAUGAGGCGCGAGCAACGCGGUCGAAGCGCCGCAGCGUGUUGCUUGCCGAUCCAGACAUGGAGUCGGCGGACGUGCGCGCGGCCAGCCGGUGGUACCAGUGGUGCCUGCAGGUAGUGAUGCUGACGUAUCAGAACCAUUUCAACCACCAGCAGCUCAAGCAGGGCAAGCCGCUGGCCAACACACCGUCAUUUGACCCCGACACGCUGCCGCGGUACUUUUCCAUUGACGUCGUCACCAGCCUGUUUUACAACGCCGCGACGUUCUUCUCUGCCCACGCGCAGUACGGGUUUGCCGUGCCGCUCCUGCAACGCUCGCUGGACCUGCUGCGCCGCGGCACCGAUGGCGGCAAGGAGCCGAACGUAUGUCGGUCGAGCAUCCUGAUGAGCCACUUGGCCAAUGCCGCCGUCCUGAUGUCAGAUCUGCCAGCCGCCGAAAAGUGGUCGAUUGACGGCUUGGCGCUGGCCAAGCAAUUCCCACGCAACGCCGACUGCCUCAACAGCUUUGUCGCCCUCACGUAUGACCUCGGCGCUGUAUACGAGGCCGCGGGCAAGGCGGAUAGUGCGCGCGUGCAGUACCGUCAGGCCGCCGAAAUCGCCCGGGUCGUCGAGGACGGCGAGGCUGAGAAGCUGGCUGCCGCCGCGCUUGGCCGCCUGUCGGGAUGAGCGCUUGAGAGAAAACGGUUGAGCAAGGAAAUGUCUGCUCGCGCAUCGCUUCUUCCUCAUUAUCUUUCGUGUGCAGCGAUAGUGCCAUGUCAUGCCAACAUGAGAUGCAGGUAUUGUACACACGCUGCAGUUGAAAAAAUUAAUUUUGGGGGCAUCGAGGGCCAGCUGCCGCACCGCUGAUUGGACUGUUGAGAAGUUUUAUCACACGUGAUAGUCAAUUGACCAUCACUAUCAAAGUCACCCCUUGCUCAAAUUUUUUCUCGAAAGAGAAAAAUUUCUCAAGGAAAGUAACGGCACCGAAUCUGCACACGCAAAAAAAAUAUUUUUUUAAUUCAGAGGCUGCUCAAGGUAAAUUUCUCCUUUUUCUCUUCUUUUUUC